AUGAAGCGCAGAGAAGACCAGGAACGUUACGAAGUGGCAGAUGCCUACAUUGCCCAAUGGAUUGCGCAGCAGAUAAGUUACGACCUCUACGAACGUGUAGAGAACACCAACCUUCCAAUGGACGCAGCAUAUGACCUAUUUCACCUCUAUUGGACAAGUACUUCUGAAGACCUCGCCUGUCGACACCAGGAUGCACUGGAAAUCAUGGGAUACGCUGAAAAGAGCGGACUUUGGAACCAUUCCCUCAAUUCGUCGAUGGACUUACAAAGUCCUACCGAGACCUCACCCGAACGGGAUAUCCAGUUCCUCCCGUCGAAGCAUUAA